GUUUGACCUUUAAAAGCUAGUGGAGAGUGGGAAUUUACAGUUUGAUUUGAUUAUCUUUGUGUAUAUCUUGACGUAUUGCUUUUGUGGAAAAACCGUACAGCAAAAAUUCACAAAAACAUGAUAAUUCAAUAACUAAACUUUAAGCCAAAAUGUAUGCAAUAUUUUUUUUGUGUGUGAUAUUAAAUUUAAGUGAACCAUUAAGUAUCCCUUACGCGGAAUACGAGAAUUUUUUAGAAAACCCUCGAUAUCAAGACUACGAUGAAGUCACUAAUUUGUUUCGAAAGUUGCAAUCGGAACAUCCGCAACUCGUCAAACUUACAUCUGUUGGAAAAUCGGUGAAAAACAGGGAUCUAUGGGUGCUGGAAAUCAAUUCGAACGUUCAGAAUCGAACACUGCUCACUCCCAUGUUCAAAUAUGUUGCCAAUAUGCAUGGGGAUGAAGCUAUCGGAAGGCAAUUGAUGCUUUAUUUAGCGCUUUAUUUGAUCCAUAAUUAUGGUACUAACGAGAGGGUUACUAAAUUGGUUAAUAGUACUGAUAUCUUUUUGAUGCCCAGCAUGAACCCAGACGGUUACGAAAAUUCUAAGGAGGGCAGUUGUGAAUCUAAAACCGGUUACAUUGGUAGAGAAAAUGAGCAUAGCAUCGACCUGAACCGCGACUUUCCCGAUCAAUUUGACGCAACGAAAACAGGUACAAUUUUGGCCGGAAGGCAACCCGAAACGGUCGCAAUGAUGACGUGGAUCAUUUCCAGACCUUUCGUUUUAUCUGGAAACUUGCAUGGCGGAGCUGUGGUCGCCAGCUAUCCAUACGAUGAUUCCAACACCGGUCGAAAAUGUUGCAAGGAAAGCAAAGCGCCGGACAACGCUAUGUUUAAAAAAUUAGCCCUGCUGUACGCCCAAUCGAAUCCCGUUAUGAAAUUCGGCAACUCCUGUCGCGAGGACAAGUUCGACCAGGGCAUUACGAACGGCGCCAACUGGUACGAAGUUAGAGGCGGUAUGCAAGACUUCAACUACGUGCACUCGAAUUGCUUCGAAGUGACGUUCGAAUUGAGCUGUUGCAAGUUCCCCCCGGCGAAUACGCUUCCUAGGGAAUGGAGGAACAAUAAGGAAUCUUUGUUGAGGUUUAUGGAAGCCACGCAUUGGGGCGUAAAGGGUUUAGUCAAGAACGAGAAGGGCGACGCCAUCUUGGAUGCCGACGUAGUGGUGACGAGCAUCGAUCAUAACGUCACGACUUCGAAUAAGGGGGAGUAUUGGAGAUUGUUGUUGCCUGGGACGUAUCAGAUGUACGCCGUGGCAUACGGAUACCAACCGUCGGAAACUGUCACCGUAACCGUGGAAGAAGGCAAAACGGCACGUCAAGAUUUCAUUUUACAGCUCCAAGACCCUCUAUCAGAAAACUUUUUAACCCCCGAAACCGUUACCUAUCUAAAUCAGGACGAUUAUGGGUUCGUCGUUAGCGAUCCAGCCAUAUUUAAACACCACCAUUACGAUGAAAUGGUCGCAUUUAUGCUGCAUUACAACAGCAUGUAUCCAAAUAUUACGAGACUGCAUUCCAUAGGGAAAUCGGUGCAGGGAAGGGAUCUGAUGGUGUUCGUGAUUGGAACUACGCCGGAUAGCCACGUUUCAGGAAAGCCGGAAUUUAAAUAUAUCGCAAAUAUGCACGGCAAUGAAGUUGUCGGUAGAGAAUUACUGUUGUACUUGAUCAAAUAUAUUUGCGAACGGUACGGAAGUGACGACAGGAUAACGAAAUUGGUUAACACGACGAGAAUCCAUCUGUUGCCAAGCAUGAACCCUGAUGGGUACGAAGUUGCACACGAAGGCGAUGCAUCAAGUUUGUUAGGUAGAAACAACGCACACGAUUACGAUUUGAACAGGAACUUCCCCGAUCAAUUUGGGUUUAAUAAGUAUAACUCUGUAAGACAACCAGAAACUGCAGCUGUGAUGAAUUGGAGUCUGUCCGAACCGUUUGUUCUGUCAGCGAAUCUGCACAACGGCGCUCUAGUAGCCAAUUAUCCCUUCGAUGAUACUCCCGAUAAUAGAAUUAGCGAAAAUCCAUCUCCUGACGAUAAAGUUUUCAAGUAUUUGGCUCGAACGUAUUCGAAUGCUCAUAAAACCAUGCACGACGGAAUCCCUUGUCCGAUGUUCCCGAACGAAAUCUUCGACGGGGGAAUCACCAACGGGGCCAAAUGGUAUUCCGUAACCGGCGGCAUGCAAGACUGGAACUACCUCGUUGCAGGUUGCAUGGAAAUAACCAUAGAAAUCGGAUGCUACAAGUAUCCCAAGGCCAAGGAUUUACCGGACUAUUGGAUGAACAACAGAGAAGCUCUGCUAACGUAUAUGGAACAGGUACAUAAAGGAGUUUCUGGUUUCGUUACUAGCACGAUCGGCUAUCCAAUAGUAAAAGCCGAAAUUAUAGUCGAAGGAAUCGAUCAUAGAGUACGUUCAGCAAAAUUCGGCGAUUACUAUAGAAUUUUAUUACCAGGAACGUAUAAUUUAACGGUGACAGCAAGAGGAUACGAAAGCUAUACGUCAAAAAUAGUUAUUCCUGAUACAGGUUAUCUACAAUACAACGUGACCUUGAUGAAAGACGACCCUCUCCAUUGGGCCAGCGCGUACGACUUUGGAAUUGGCGAAAACCAAUACAAACCGAAAUACCACACCAGUCAAGACAUAAACGCCAUUUUGGCGGGAAUGGAAAACCGUUACUCGGAUAUCGCCGAAUUCGAAGGAGGGGAUAACUUUAUAUCAAUGAUGAUACAUUCGUUGAAGAUAUCAAAUAAGAUAACUGAUGACGAGGAAAUGAAAUUCCGCAUAGCCGUCAUGGGCAACCUAUUCGCCACGCAACCGAUCGGCAGGGAACUCGGCAUCUAUCUAGCGCGCCAUCUAUUGGAAGGCCAUCGAUUGGGCGACAUACGAAUCGAUAAAAUACUGUCGAACGCCGUCGUACACGUCAUUCCCGUCAUCGAUAAGGCGUUCGAACGAAUUUGGGGCGAUUACGAUAAAGAAGUCUUAGGUAACGUUAAACCUGACAGGUUCGUGUGCAAUAACAUUUCGGCGGACUUCAAACAGGUCGGGGAACAGGUGUUGCACGUCAACGGAAGAGACAGCAACAAUCAGGAUACCAAGUCCGUAGCUAAUGCGUUCAAACAUUUGUUGUUGGACAAGAAGUUCGAUUUGGUGUUGAAUUUGGAAGGAGGUGACAGCGGAAUUGUAUAUCCACCUACAAACGACGCAGUUCAACAGUACAAAUACAUAGCUGAUGCGUAUAAAGCAGGUUUACACGCACCAAGGUCUUGUAGCUCUAACAAAUUAGGAACUGAUUUAUUGCUUACCAAAUAUUUGUAUACCGAAUACGGCACACCAGUUUUGACAGCGAAAGUGACGUGUUGCGAAUAUCCCGCCGUGGCUAAUAUUCCAUACAUUUGGAGGGAUACUUUAGAUCCCAUAAUGAGAGUGUUGUCUACAACUCUUACUGGAGUCAAAGGUGUUGUGGAAAACAACUUGGGCGAACCGAUGUUAAACGCGUCGAUACAAAUAUGGGGCGUCGGCCAAACGUACGAGGUAUCCAAAAAGAGCGCGGUGUUCAAAGUGAUCUUGCCGCCUGGGAAUUACGAGGUGCAAGUUUCUUGCCACGGUUACCAACCUAACGUAACGAAAAUUAGCGUUAACGAGGAAAAUAUUGUUAAACUUAAAGUGGUGCUUACUAAAGAAGGGUUGGCUCCAGAAGUAUAUCCUGGGUCUAUCGUUCAUACUCCUGCUGGCGUUGAAGCGUUGGGAAAGAAUAGCUUGCGCCACCCCUUUUCUGGAGGAAUAUCUACUGGAAUCAGAGGCUACGUUCAAGAUUAUUCCGAUCAUCCAAUUCCAGAAGCAUCGAUAACGGUCCUAGAGAAAAACAUUAGCGUGUACGCCGAUAAAACUGGCAAAUAUGGCGUAGCUUUAUCGCCGGGAAACUAUACCGUCAGAUACGAAGCCAGAGGCUAUCACCCGAACGUCAAAUUAGUCUACUUAAAUGACAUCACCAACUUUCCCAAAGUCGUUAUGGUGAAACUAAGAAUUGAUUCUUCGUUCUACGGCAUCCCGAGGCUGCCGUUCGUGUUCAUAAUAGGUUUUAUUUGCGCCGGGAUACUGGGGUUAGGUAUGGCUUGCUAUGUGGCUUGUAGAAAGAAGAACGAAUACGGGCUCAUAUCUCAGCAGAGUUUUUAUGAGGAUUUUAAGUACGAUUUGACGGUGGAUUCGAAAGAACGUGAAAUCUUUAGAACGCCUCUGAAAAAACCUCUCCUGCGGCCUUACUAUGAUGAAGACGAUGAGGACGAAGAAGAGGAGGAAAAUAUAGAUUACCCGCAAGAUGCCACUGAUUCGGAAGUUGAUGAAGAAAUUAUAUUAAUUCCAGACAAAUAAGUACAAAGUACCACAAGGCUGGUAUACAAUAUAUAUUUUAUAUGAGUAUUUUAAACAUUCACAUUCCAUGAAAGGGGUCCAUUUUGUUCCUUUUAGCACACCGAGAUUCUGUAACUAAAAAGCUGUUUGCACCUUUUUGUUUUUAACAGUCGGUGACAUUUGCUCUGUCAAAAAUCAUCACUUCAAAACAUCACAAACGUCAAAAAGUCUAAUGGCAGUUUUGACAGAAAAAACUGGACAAAUAUAUUUUUAAUAAAUUUAAUCUUUAUUUUUUCCUUGAAGGUCUGUGGUUAGGAGGUGGUUUUCCUUGUCUAAAUAUUCUCAUUCCAUAAAAAUUACAUUUUGUUUCUUUUAACUCACCGAAAUUUUGUAAUGAAAAAGCUUUUUGUACCUUUUCUUGUUUUUGACAAUUGGUGAUAUUUGUGCUGUCAAAAUUAAUCAAACGAAAACAUCAUGAAUGUCAAAGGGUCUAAUGACAGUUUUGACAUUUUAGCUAAUAUGUAUUUUAUUCGUGUAUUUUAAACAUUCAUAUUCCAUGAGUGAGUCCAUUUUGUUCCUUUUAGAACACAGUGAUUUUGUAACUAAAAAAUCGUUGGAAUCUCUUUGUUUUUGACAGUCGAUGACAUUAGCGCUGUCAAAAUUUAUCGCUUCAAAACAUUACAAACGUCUAAAAGUCUAAUGACUGUGUUACCAGAAAAAAUUGUAUUACUAUUACUAUUUUUUCACUUUCCGUGAAAUUGGUGUUUUUUCUUGUCUUAAAUAUUUCCAUUUCAUAAAAAAGUACGAUUUUGUUUCGUUUAGCGCUCCGAAAAAGUCAUUGCGCCUUUUCUUAUUUUUGACAUUUGGUAACAUUUGUGCUGUCAAAAUUCAUCACUUCGAAAAGUCUAAUGACAGUUUUGACAGAAAAUAAUUUGUUCUUAUAAACAAAUGCCUAAUAUUAGCUUCCUAAACUAAUCCAUUUCAUGUUGUUUGGCUAUUUUGACGUAUUAGCCUGAUCUAUUUACUUCUUGAGGUGCAAAUGGCAUUUUAGGCGGGUAUUUUAUAUGAAGAGAUUAUUACGGCAGUUGCAUUGAAUUUUUUAUUUUUAAUUAAGUCAUGAUUUUUAUUUUAUUUUAAAUGUUAAAACUGUUUUUUUAUUGUAUAUAUGUAAGUAUACUAAAAGUGUUAUUUUCACAAGAUUUGACGUAUUUAAUUUUCUAAAUUGCAAUUGGCCUUCACCUACUUACGUGUUUUGCCAGUUUGAUUUUUAUCAAAUCUUUUGAAAAAUAGUAAUUAAGUGAUAAAAUAAUAAUUUAUGUCUUCCUAGUUUUCACGAAAUUGUGAUAAUACCUAAACUAUUAAUUUGUUAUUUUAAUAAUUAUAUUAGGAAUAAAAAACUAUUUUGAUACAAUAAAAAGUUUAUUAAUAUAAAUAUAA